GGCAAGGCGGGCGGCCGGCGCGGCUCCCUGUGGAUGCGGGCGCGGCUGCAGGCGCACCUGUUCGACCUGGGGUGCUCGCUGCAGCGCCACGCCGGCAAGGUGCUGUUCGUCGCCAUCCUGGUCCUGUCCACCUUCUGCGUCGCCCUCAAGUCGGCCUCCGUCCAUACCCGCGUGGACCAGCUGUGGGUGCAAGGGGCCUCCUGGAACCUCCAGUCUGAUUGUGAGCCCACUCUACAGCUACAGGGGCCUCCUGGAGCCUCCAGUCUGAUUCUGAGCCCGCUCUACAGGGGCCACCUGGAGUCUCCGGUCGUAAUUUCUCCGGACAUCGGCGCGGAGUUGACGGGCGGGUGCUACGGCUUCGCGGCCAAGUACAUGCACUGGCCGGAGGACCUGGUGGUGGGCGGCGCCAAGAAGAACAAGACGGGCCACAUCCAGCGCGCCUCGGCCCUGCAGACCGUCAUCCAGCUCAUGAGCGAGCGGGAGAUGUUCGAGUUUUGGAGCAAGACGUACAAGGUUCACCACGUCGACUGGACGCAGGAGAAGGCUGCCCUCGUCCUGGACGCGUGGCAGCGACGCUUCUCCGACGAGGUGCGCAAGGCCAUGAAGAAGGACAUCCGAGACCUGGGCGUGACCUCGCCCUACAACGUGUUCGCCUUCUCCACCGCCACGCUCAACGACAUCCUCGGCCAGUUCUCCGAGCUCAACGUGAUCAAGAUCGCCAUCGGUUACGUGCUCAUGCUGGUGUAUGCCGGAGUGUCCUUGCUGCGCUGGCAGGACCCCGUGAGGUCGCAGGCGGGUGUCGGUAUCGCCGGGGUGGUGCUCGUCUCCAUCACGGUCGCCGCGGGGCUGGGCUUCUGUGCACUGCUGGGCAUCGCGUUCAACGCGUCCACCACCCAGAUUGUGCCCUUCCUCGCCCUCGGCCUUGGGGUGGAUGACAUGUUUCUCAUCACUGCGUCUUACGCUGAGCAGGAUUUGACUGAAGUUAAAUCACAC